AUGAUGGGAAGGGGUAGAGGGGGCGUGCGAGGCAAGGGUGGAGGUGGGCCUUCACCAAACAAAGCAGGUGCUCGCGGUGGUUUACGUGCUUCCUUCGGGGCCUCUACGAAUAACAGUGACCUUGAUACAAAGCAAAGCAAUGGAUUCACUCAAUCACAUUUUUCUUUGAGUGAAGAAGCUCGUAACACAGAACGUCAUCAUUCGUGGAAUUCAGAUUUGAAACUCCGGCAUUCUCGCGUUCCCUUCAUCAGUGCAGGCACUUCUACUGUCGAGGACCUGAAUCCUGUUAUCCAGAAAAGCAAAAACAGUGGUGAAGUCACAGAGAGCUCCUUUCAAGAAACGAGCAGAGCACCUGCCAAGGCUUCCGAGAACCAAUCCACAACAUACGUUGUGGCGCCUGACGGACAAAUGUCAAAAAUGACAUUGAGAGACCUGAAAUCUGCCACCGCCGCUCAGGCCAAGUCAGACGGGAUCGACUCGAUGUCCAAGCGAAGCAGCGUUCAACUGGGUCUUAAAAAUGCGGAAGCGAGCAAGGAAGUCUUCUUCACCGAUCUUAAAGGCGCAGAUGAGCCGGUGCAUACAGGUCUCGGGCCACCCAUAAUAAGACGUUCGUCAUCCCCUUCGGGCUCCGAUUCGAGUGGGGAAAUUAUUAUCUUUGCUGGUAGACGGCACUCAUGCAAGAAAGACGACCAGAAGCAUACCUCAGACGCCCGAUCGAGACGCUUGAACGGACAGGGAAUCCAAGAUAUGUCAAGCCCCUCUGGACACCGUAGCUUCAUGGCCACCGUGGUAGACGACCCCAUAAACGUUAGAACUGAAAGAACCCAAAGCGCUCCGAAACAGACACCACCAACCUUCUCACUGUCCGAAUCUGAGAGGGCAUCAGGUCAUCUCGAUGGCAAUUCGGGGGUUACUGCGAUCAAAUCUGGGCGAGGAAGACGCGGGAGACACUCAAGGAAAGAAAGAAAAGACGAAGGGAUAUUAGAUGAUUACGUAGCAAAUCUACGCGACGGAGGUGAUUUGGAGGCUUUUGUUGAGAGUCCCAUGCUCAACCAACGCGAUCUUGGUGGUCCUUAUACUGCCGUAUUGCAGGACGAAGUGGAAUCUCUCACAACGGGGCGCGUGGAAAGGAAGACCUUGGCGAACACCGAGGAAUGGGACAGCGCAGACUUAGACGAUUUCGAUGAGUUGAGCACAUCGAAUGAGACUCCAGAUAGCAUAGAGCAGGUUCUUUCGAAGCGUGAGAGACCGUCUGGAGUGCAAUACCUCGUAAUCCGGGCAGGGUACACUGUUGAUGGCGCUCGCUGGUUUCCUAUUAGCUCACUCAACAUUCCUGGCGCCGAAGCAUUGAUUGCAGAAUUCGAGGACAAGGCAGAGUUGGAUCGCCUGCUUAACGGUAGCGAUGUGUCCGAUGCAAGUCUCACUUUAGACGAGCAAGUGGCACAAGACUUGCAGGAGGAUUUGGAUGACCAAGAAGACGAAAAGGAUCUUGAAAAUAGGAGGAAGGAAAGAAUGACGGACGCGCAAACAGCACCGUUAUUGUCAGAGCAAGAGGAGCUCGGGCUGGGACCUAAUGAUCUGAUAUUUUGCCACGAAGGUGAUGUUGGGACAGACAGCGAAGAGGAAUUACAACUCGACGGGCUGUGGGAACGAGCAGUGACUCAUCGAGCGCCUUCCAAGUCGAAGAGAACAAAGCGGUCUCGGUCUACUUUCCCUUCUGCAACAGCAUUCGCUGAUAUUCUUGACCAAGAUCCUUAUAAUGGCUUUGAUGUCAUGGAUCAACAGAGGCCAAGCCUGCGCAAAAGACCUAAGGGUCGGCGCGGAAAGCUUUCCAUGGAGCUGUCUGACUCAGAGCUUGAGCAGUCGAUACAAACAGCUUGGGAGAAGGAUCGGACUAAAAAGAAGUUGCGGAAGCAGGAGCGUGAAGAGCUUCGGGCGCAAGGACUCUUGGGCAAGAAAAACAAAAUUGAUUUGAGGGCCAAGUACUCUGAGGGUAUAUCAAUGACCGAGGUGAAGAAGGAGAUUAGGGAUUUCCUUCAAUCAUCAAUGGAAAGUCUACCGCUUCCACCAAUGGCUCAGGGAGAUCGCAAAAUGGUGCAUGAGAUUGCCAAUGCCUUCAAAUUAAAGUCCAAAUCGAUCGGCGGUGGUAAAUCUCGAUUUCCUGUUCUCUACAGGACUUCUCGAACGAUCCAGUACAAUGACGAGACUUUGAAGGCCGCGGAAUCUGUACUGUCUUCGGGGCGCUUCUUUCCGCGCAUGGACGGAGCAAGAAAGAAGGGUGCGCUGGCAGGCAGGGGCCGCCGUGGUGGAGCUGCCAGUGCUAGUGUUUCCUACCGAGACGGUGAGGUCGUUGGGGCCGCGGCUCCCGAAAUCGGCCAGGAAAACAGAGGGAGGACGAUGCUGGAGAGGAUGGGCUGGAGUACCGGCACAGCACUCGGUGCUUUGAACAAUAACAGAGGUCUUGUGCAGCCCGUAGCGCAAGUGGUAAAGACUAGCAGGUCAGGUUUGGGCUAA